AGCUUCACUGUCUGUCCUUAAUCCUUAUACACACACAAACAGGUUGGGUUACCCUCUAUCCUACCUCCUUCUCCUCCAACUCCAAGGCAGAAAUAAUCAGAAAAUGAAUGGGUAUUCCAAGAUUAGUACUGGCACUGCCCACAAAUCAAGAUCUAUAGAUUUUUCAGAUUUUUUCUCAUUUCCUCAAACCCCAAAACCAAGCAUGGCCAAACAUGGGGAACCUGAUGAUAACAAGGUUAAGAAGAUCAAGACCCAGAAUUCAUCCCCUGAGGCUGAUGAGAGGGAAGAAGGAGGAGGUGGUGGCAAUAAUGGAGAGAUGAGAUUUGGGAUGAUGAUGAUGGGCAGGAGUGGUUCAGUUUCUGCAGCAUCUGGGUUUCAGGCUACAAUGAAGAGGGCAUUCUCAAUGAGAAGAUCCUCAUCGGUUUCGGAGAGGUACUGUAGGAUCCAUGAUCAGUACAUGGCAAUAGCAUCACCUAUUGGAGAAGAAACAGACGGAGAAAGAAUUAGAUCUGUGAAGAAGAAGCAGAGGGGAGGCAAGAUCCUCAAAGCCUGUAAGCGCCUGCUUCGACUUUAAUUAGUUUACUCCUCUCUCUCUCUCUCUCUCUCUCUCUCUCUCAUUAUAAUUAAUAACACUGCAAAUCUGCUUUACAGUUUUGUUUACAGAA